UAUUUACAGGAUAGGCAAUUAUCGAAUAGUUUGACUCCCAGCCCUUUGGAUACUCUACGCUUUCCAUUAGAACAACAACUAUUAGAUAUUAUGCGAGGUACAGCUGAAAAUCAAGAUCAUUACAAAGGUUUUAUAAAUUAUAAUCCAAAUAAUUUACAUUCCAUGGCACAGUUGCCUGGAUCUUCCUUGGAGUUCAGUAUUCAGAAAUGUAAUGGCAACAAGAAAUGCUCCAGAGGAAAGUCUCCGUUUUUUACAACACUGGAUGAAAAUCAUUUAAUUGAUGAUGGACAUCUCGACCAGAUAGUACCUUCUCUGAAUUCAUCUUUACAUUGUUCUCCAAAAUCACAAGCAGGAUCUGAAGCUGGAGAACGUUACUCUCGAAAAGUAUUUGUAGGUGGUCUCCCUCCUGAUAUUGAUGAAGGUAGUUUGAAUUUUGUACAAAUUCGACCUUGGAGAUUAAGUGAUGCAGAUUUUGUAUUAGAUGCCUCCAUGCCUCUAGAUCCUCGCAAAACAGUAUUUGUUGGUGGUGUGCCAAGACCUCUUAAAGCAGUGGAAUUGGCAAUGAUCAUGGAUAGAUUAUAUGGUGGUGUAUGCUAUGCUGGUAUUGAUACUGACCCUGAGUUAAAAUAUCCAAAAGGAGCAGGUCGAGUGGCAUUUUCAAAUCAACAAAGCUACAUAGCAGCCAUCAGUGCUAGAUUUGUGCAAUUGCAACAUGGUGAUAUUGAAAAAAGGGUUGAAGUUAAACCUUAUGUUCUUGAUGAUCAAAUGUGUGAUGAAUGUCAAGGAGCUCGAUGUGGUGGAAAAUUUGCUCCAUUUUUUUGUGCAAAUGUUACUUGUUUACAGUAUUACUGUGAACAUUGCUGGGCAACCAUCCAUUCAAGACCUGGAAGAGAAUUUCAUAAACCACUAGUCAAAGAAGGAGCUGAUAGACCAAGAGCUGUACCUUUUCGUUGGUGUUAGAGGAUAUCUAAAUAUUGCCAAGCAUUUUUCUUUUUAUUAUUUAAUAUCCACUUAAUUGUUUCCUAAUCACUGCUUAUAGGCAACUAUCAGCAAUUCAGUAUCCACUAAAUAAUUGUUUAUACAAUUUCUUGUUAGUUACUUAACACCUAUCAUCAAGAAGAUUGUCCUUCAUAAAGCCAUGCAUAGUAGUAUGGUACAGCAUCUGAAUCUACAUUAACUAACACAAAAAAAAAAUCUACUUUAUUGUUUUCAAAAACAUUGGACUCUUCAAUUUUGAUAGGAGUAUACUAUGAAUAUGAAUGUGCAUGCAUCUCCCUGUCAACAAAAGUUGGCAUUUUUGUGAUUAAUUUUAGCAUGCUUCGUCAUCCUCACCUUGAGCAAUAAUUCAAGCCUUACCUUUUAGAUACAAUUUUUUUUACUCCAAUCCUCUUUAAUAUCAAAAGUAAUCUUUUAAAAUAAGGACAAUGAGAGAUGUGUUCAUUUUUCCCUUUAACCAUCUAAUGAAAUUUAUAUUCUUAUGUGAAUAACUUUGUCAUAAAAUCCAUUGCAGCUGCAAAUAAUUGACUGUUAAAACAACUAUAUGCAGCAUAUGAAAUAUGAACAUUAUAGCCAGUUAUGGGCUUUCAACUAUGGCACUAUUUCCUUAUGGAAUAUAAGUGCUAUCAGCAAAAUCUGUCUUUCAGAUUCCAAAGUGAGAAUAUUUUAUUGUGUGCACUUAGUUUAAUGUUUUUUUCUAAAACUUUUGUACCAUAAAUUUUAUUAUUGUGUCCUCAUAUUUUAAUAACAAAUUUCCAUCAGAUUGUUAUAUUAUAAUUGCUGCUGUAUAGGUUUUAUAAAUUAAUUUGAAGCCAAAUACAUUAGAUAAUAUUUAAGAUUAUAUAACAUACCCAUAUUUCUGGAGAUUUUCUCCAUAUGUUCCUGUAUUGUUCCUCUCUUUCAUAGAUAUAUGUCAUUUAUAUCCAUUAAUAUUCUGUCUAUCUGCUCAAAUUGGAAAAAUUUAUAAAAUUAUUUUAGUUUUGAAUCCAAUUUGAUAUCUUCUGAACAGAUUCUAUCAUAAACAUACCUCAGUUAUUAAAUUGCCAAAUUUCCAGACUCAUAAGUAAUUACCAAUUAGGCAAGUGCAGAUUAUAUGUGCAAUUAUUCAGCUGUGAUGUGUAAAAUUAGGUGGAUCAAAACUACCUGCAUGUUAUCAUAGAAACUAAAACCAAAAAUGCUUUCAACAUUGUCAAUAAAAUAGCCUACAGAAGAUUCUCUCCUAGUAUCAGAAUGAAAUAGUCUUAUUUAAAUAUCUCAGGCAUUUCUAGGAUAAUUUGAUGUGGGCUGUGUAGUAAAAAUUUUGAAAUUUGUGGAUAGUUUCAAAUAUAACUUAUAUAUAUUAUAUAUAUACUUAUAUAGUAUGUAUUUAUCUCAAAAAACCAAAGAUAAAUUAACUAGACAAUAAUUCUUCAGGUUUUUUCCUUCUAUAUUUUGUAGGGGUAGGGACAAUCAAAUUUUUUUUAUAUGUUAUCAAAUGGGAAAAAAAUUCUAGUCAGAGAUUUGUCAUGGUUCCCAAACCAUUGCACUGAUAAAAAAUUUUGUAGGUAAAAAUGUUAAAUAUCAUUUUUGUAAUAUUGUCCUUUUUUUGUAAAAGAGCUUUAAUGUUUAUGCUGUUAAAAGGGAGACUCCAAUUUUUGUGCCAUUUAGGAUUGCUAUUAAUGCAUCAAGUCCUUAUAAAGGGCAAAUUCCAUUUAGUUUUAUCAUAUGUUUUUAGAUAUAUAAUAUAUUUUUAUAUAUAUAUCUAUAUGUAUAUUGUAUAUGUACAUGCAUAAAUAAAUACAUGUA